CUGCAGCCUUGACUGGCAAUUGGUCUUCAUCGCCAGAUGGAAUGAACCUUACUGCCCGCCAGUCAACCACAACGCUGCGGGCGCCUGAAAGACACGGCUACCAACUUGAAAAGCGGCCAAGGAUUCGCCAUGAACAUCAUCAGCGAGGCAUUCGUCUGGAAUGCAAAUGCAACUGCCGUAGACACUCCUCCCGAGUUCGACGAGUGGGCUCUCAGCGGUCUGACAAAGGAGAAUUGCGUGCAAAUCAAGAGCCUCGCGCGUCAAGGAAAGCGCGAGAUAUCACGCACCCAGUCGCAGGCGAGCACAACAGCACGCUCAUCCUCGCGCACGUCAAGUACUUCCAUGUACCUUCCUUGGCCAUGGCCGUGGUUUGGGCUUUUUGGUAUGUUUCUCUUUCUUAACGACUUCGGGCUCACUUCCCGCCACCGUGAAUAUGAAAACGACGCACAUCUAGUUCUUAUUCAAAUUCUGGUGCAUACGGAUCUCGGUCACCAUGAUUCCAGUGCUUUGGGAGACCCUCAUAUGGGUUCCAUCAGUAUUGCACCUGCGGCCAACGAGAGUUCGAACAUUGGUAUACCAAGGCACUCUAGAUCAACGUCUACGUCCAUCGCAGACAGACCGGAUAUUUUGGGCGGCAUUUGAAGCAAUUUCUACUGACCUGGUGCUAUUCACCAAUGUUUUAUCAGAGCCGAUCAGGUUUCCUUUUUGUCUUUUUAUUACGUUCCUGUGUUGGCAGUGUUGCGCUGCUGACUAGUUUUUGCCACGGGCUGGCAGCUUGGUGACAGCCGAAUGGUAGUAAGAGGGCACCGCGCACGCUGACACAGGAUCGAUAUGCGACGCAGCAUGGCCAGCCAGGCAGCCUGAGGCAGGCACUGAUGCGUCAUAAGAUAAACAGAAGUUCAAUGAACACAAUUGGAUGUAUUGGGCACAGCCAAAGAUCAAUAUUAAUCGAGAUUUGAGGUGGU